AUGUCGCUGAGAGCCCUUGACCACUUAGAGCUGCCCUCUCGUUAUACAAAGUGUGGCAACAAUGAGAUGUUUUCAACUCCCAAAGGUUCUUGUUUGGAGUCGGUGAAAAUUGCCAUUGAUGCUGGUUACCGCCAUAUCGACGGUGCCUUCGUCUACUACAAUGAGCAUGAAGUGGGACAAGCCAUCCGGGAGAAGAUUGCUGAAGGAAGGAUCAAGCGAGAAGACAUUUUUUACUGUGGCAAGCUGUGGAAUACCUGCCACCCCCCAGAGCUGGUGCGUCCCACGCUGGAGAAAACCCUGAAGAUCCUGCAGCUGGACUACGUUGACCUCUACAUUAUUGAGCUGCCAAUGGCUUUCAAGCCUGGAGAUGCAAUCUACCCAAAAGAUGAAAAUGGAAAAAUUAUCUACCAUGAGACAGACUUAUGUGCCACCUGGGAGGCUAUGGAAGCAUGUAAAGAUGCAGGCUUGGCAAAGUCUAUUGGAGUAUCCAAUUUCAACCGCAGGCAGCUGGAGAUGAUCCUGAACAAGCCAGGACUUAAAUACAAACCUGUCAGCAACCAGGUUGAAUGCCAUCCCUAUUUCACCCAACCCAAACUCUUAGAAUUUUGCAGACAACACGACAUUGUUAUUGUUGGGUACAGCCCAUUGGGAACCUCAAGGGAUGAAACAUGGGUAAAUGUCUCCUCCCCUCCUUUACUGAAGGAUCCUGUGCUGAAUGCCAUUGGCAAAAAGUACAACAAGACAGCUGCACAGGUUGCUUUGCGUUUCAGCAUCCAGCGAGGGGUGGUGGUCAUCCCAAAAAGCUUCAAUCCACAACGCAUCAAAGAGAAUUUCCAGAUCUUUGACUUCUCCCUCACUGAGAAAGAGAUGAAAGAAAUCGAAGCCCUGAACAAAAAUGUUCGUUAUGUGGAACUGUUAAUGUGGCGUGACCAUCCAGAGUAUCCCUUCAGCGAUGAAUACUGAAAACAAGGUGUGUCCGGGCAGGUUCCUA